AUGUCGUACUGGUUGGGCAUUCGUAAAAACAACACAUGCAAAACACAUAUAGUCGAAGACCUGGCAAAUCUAACGGAAUUAAAAUCGACUAGAUGUCUUUAUGUUGAAAAUUCGUACGGCAAUGGUCUUUGGAAAAGUUGUGAUGAGAAGAAUCAUGCUAUUUGUGUUAAAUCAA